UUAAAAGCACUGCUUCUAAAGCAGCGGACUGUGGACCUGUGACUGGUCCUGUACGCCAAUGUAUGGGGCGUGAUGGGACUGAGGAGAGAUGGAGAACACAGACGCGAUCAUGACACGGACACUGAUCCUUCUCGUUUGCGUUUCUACUCUCAUUCAAAGUGGGCUGUGUGCAGACUCAGAGGAACGCUUAAUGAAUACGCUUCUGAAUGAGAAACGCUAUAAUAAGCUUAUCAGGCCGGCUAUGAACAGGGCAGAGAGAGUGACCGUUCUUUUACAAGUUUCUUUAGCCCAGCUUAUCAGUGUGAAUGAAAGAGAACAGAUUAUGACUACAAACGUCUGGCUCACUCAGAACUGGAACGAUUAUCGACUUUCAUGGGACCCAGCUGAAUACGAGGGAAUUGACAAGCUCCGGAUUCCCUCCAAACACAUCUGGCUGCCUGAUAUAGUGCUGUAUAACAAUGCCGAUGGUACGUACGAGGUGACAGUCUUUACCAAUGCCAUUGUGCUGUUUAAUGGAAGCAUUGCCUGGCUCCCUCCUGCUAUAUAUAAGAGUGCCUGUAAGAUUGAGGUCAAACACUUCCCCUUUGAUCAGCAAAACUGCACCCUUAAAUUUCGCUCUUGGACAUAUGACCAUACUGAGAUUGACCUUGUGUUAAGAUCCGGGGUGGCCAGCAUGGAUGACUUCACUCCGAGUGGUGAAUGGGACAUCUUAGCUCUACCAGGGAGGAGAACGGUCAACCCUCAUGACAACACUUAUGUCGACUUGACUUAUGACUUCAUCAUCAAGCGCAAGCCGCUCUUCUACACCAUAAAUCUCAUCAUACCAUGCGUGCUCAUCACUUCACUGGCCAUCCUGGUCUUCUACCUCCCAUCGGACUGUGGUGAGAAGAUGACCCUGUGUAUUUCGGUUCUCCUUGCGCUCACGGUCUUCCUUCUUCUGAUAUCUAAGAUCGUGCCACCCACUUCCUUGGACGUACCCUUGAUUGGAAAAUACCUAAUGUUUACCAUGGUGUUAGUAACAUUUUCCAUCAUCACAAGUGUGUGUGUGCUGAACGUGCACCAUCGAUCUCCAAGUACGCACACCAUGCCGGCUUGGGUGAAGCUGGUCUUCCUGGUCAAACUUCCGGCACUGCUUUUCAUGCAAAGGCCUCAAGGGAACUCGGCUCGACUGCGGCUGCGCCAGAAAAGGCGUCUGAAAGACCCGACGUCACUGUUGGGGCUCAGUUACGCAAAUCCUCGCAAAUCGGCCAUCUCUUCCUCUGCCUCUGUUUUGCUGCCAUCGUCAGCAUCUGCUCUCUCUUCACCAGGACACAUUUACAACAACAGGGGAGAGCCUCUCAAUUUCAGCUACAGCUCUCGGAAAGGAAAUUUACGGUCCACAGAGUUUCUUCCCAAUGACCACAACUCGACGCAGGACCUGAGGGGUUGUAGGGGGGCCUCGGAUUGGGGUGCUGAUAUUCAGGAGGCUGUGGAUGGGGUUCGUUAUGUAGCUGAUCACAUGAUGGGAAAUGACGAUGAUCAAAGUGUCAUCGAGGACUGGAAGUAUGUUGCCAUGGUGGUGGACAGGUUGUUUCUGUGGAUCUUUGUGAUUGUGUGUGUAGUGGGAACUCUUGGUCUUUUUCUCCAGCCUCUCUUCCAGAAUCAGACUGUUCCUAUCCAACAGCCCAAUACGGAAUCAUCGAGACGGGAUGGAAUGUGACAAUAGAGUACAUGAUAGGUCAUCUGGAGCCAGAGCUAUCAAACUCUGAUUCAAAUGAUUGAACUACUAUUUUAUACUUUAUAUAAUCUGACCUUAAACACAUGAAGCUCUCAUGUAUCGAAAUUCCUAAUUAGAUUUGACCUCGAAAAUUGCAGCAAUGUACCCAUUGGUUCAUUUAACCAUUUUAUGCAACAUCACACCAAAAUAAAGGUUUUAAAAUGAUCAAGCCUUUGUACAAAUGCAAUUUCAAUUGUGAUUAAUUUUGGAAAACGGUCUUAAAUACAGGUUCAUUGAGAUGAAGUAGUAUUUAGCUGGCUAUUUGAACUCAACAUGUUUGCCUGUACGAAGGGACUUCAUGUAUUGGGCUACUGAUAUGACUUGAGUCUCAUGUGAGUGUAUGUGAUUUUAAACCUUAUUUAAAAUGUAUUCAUGUUAAAGUCUUUAAAUGAGGGAAGAAUGAGUGCUGAGUAAGUGUGUUGGCUGUUUUUAAUGUGUAAAUGAAGUUUAAAAUAGAAUAAAAAAUUCUCCAAUUUUUAAAACAUUUAACUGUAAUUUAAAAUAUUGUUCAUCAUUUACCGAUAGGAUAACACACUUCAGCUGUCUUUAUGUGGUAUACGGGCAUAUGGAGCCUUUUAUUAUCACUCUUGUGUGUGUGUAUGACUGAUACAUGCUUUGCCACAACGAUUGUCAAAUAUUUAUUGUAAUUCAAAGCACAUUUAAAAUAAAAUACAGAAAUAUUGCUCUCAGCACCUCUCUGACAAUGGGAAAAUGAUACGUUGUAAAUAUAAAUAUAUAUGUGUAGACCAUAACGAUAAUCGUGAUUUAGAAAGUGACAUCUUCAUUCCUGCAACAUUCCCGGUGACUUGUCUUAUAGGCUCAUUCAAAACAACAGCGGGAUAGGCUUACUUUUAUAGUGACCUGUAGCAGCUUC